CUUUGUUUGAGGAGGGGAGAAUUAUGCUUUAGACACUUUCUUCUAAGUUGGCAUAUUAUAAUAGUGUUUUGCUACCUAUAAGCAAGGUCGAGUACUAAUAUGCGUAUUAAUACUGAUUUCUUUAUAUUUAAAAUUUAAAUUAGAACUGUUUUUAAUAAAAUUAAUUUUUUAAUUAAUUAUAUUAGAUUGAUAUAUAUAUUAUUAUAAAAUUAUACUUGCUACUAAAAUUUUCCAUUAUAAUAAGGCCUUUUCCUUUCAUAACAAACCUAUAUAUUCAAAGGGACGGGCGUAUUAAACUGCUUCCUCCCGAAUGUUUGAAAAACCAGACGGCCUUGCCGUGUUAAAAAAAAAUGGAGGUCAAAGUGUUGGAUGUGGUCUGCAUCACAUCUCUGUAUCCGAUCCCAACCGUAAUUACGACCUUCCACAUCUCUGAGUCACAUCCCUGAGGUCGAAGUCUUCGUUGGUUUGCAUAUUUGUGUCUUUAGCCAAACCUAGACCCCUAGACAGUAUCAAUCAAUUGUCUUUUAUAUCACACAAACUAAUGGUAACUAUUAUAGUGUUAUUCCUCAAUUAAAUUUGGUAGUAUCCCCUAAUCUUCAUUGAAAGAAAUACAGUUAAUUUUUUAACUUUACAGUGAAUAAUACAAAAUAGCUUUUCCACUCAAGUGGGAAGCGAAAUAGAAAAGCACAGAUCAACCCAAAGAAGAGACAGCAAUCACCCAUUUUCACACGAUAUUUGCAAUGGGAUGGAAAUUCCACUGAGACAGCGUAUUUAACGGCUACUCCCAUUCAUUCGUUUAUGAGAACGGACGGUAUUUCUGUCCUUUAAAAAAGUGGGCAAGUGUUGACUUUAGGGUCAUUAUAAGAUUAGCUGUGCAGCGCCGUACGAAAUCUAUCAAAUGUUAACUUUUUAGGUAGAUUUGCAAUUCCAUCAGAGGAUAGAAGAUAUUAGAUCUACUAGCUUCCACCACUUCACGGGCUUCCAUUCCUGUCGCCAUAGAACUUCACAAGGCAACGUAGAUAUACCAUAGCUUGGAUAAUAACUUAACAUGGUUCGACCCAAAGAUCCGUUAUGGAAGCAUGUUGAUAAAUUGGGAAAUGGUCGUUUUCUCUGUAAAUUUUGUGGUGGUCAAUUUGCGGGAGGUAUUACUAGGAUUAAAAAUCAUUUGUCUGGCCGUAAGGGCAACGAUAUUAAAAUUUGUGAGAAAGUGCCACAAGACAUUCAGUUAGUAGUGUUACAAGUUCUCGACACUCCCAAUAAGAAAGAAAGACAAGUUAAUGUAUCAAGAAAAAAAAGGAAAAAUAGGCAAGUUGAGAAUGAAAAUUACUCAGUUCCUUCUUCGUCUGGAGGUCCGAAUCUAUGUACCAAUAACGUUUUGAUGGGAAAAAAAUUGGGCGAGUUGUUCUACUCAUUUGGCAUUCAUCCUAGGGUCAUUUUGUCUCCCAUCUUCGAGAAUUUUGUGAGGAGUAUUGUUGAAUAUGGGCCCAGUACUUAUCAACUGGGAAGUACUUUUCCUAGUGUGAUUGAUUUUAAAAUAUAUGUCGGAAAGGAAGGUAAUGAAUAUCUUAAAAAUUUCUUAAACGAUCCAGUUCAAGAAGGUUAUUCCUUAAUGGUCAACAUUUGGAAGCCUUAUAAUUCUUUUGAAGUAGUUCGUGUGGAUAUCUUUUUUUAUUCGAAAAAAGGUGCGGCAUGCUUUAAAUCAUUUCAAUAUCGGCAAACAUUAGGAGGUAUGUUUGAUUUCAUAUCUUCUAAGAUUGAUCGUGUAUUACUUCGGCCCAACCUCCAUGUUGUACAGUUACUCCUAUCCCAAGGUAAAUUUGAACAUGAUUUUGACCAUGAAUUCUUGAAAAUUAAGAAUUACUAUACUAGGAUUUGCGUAAGUGAUUGUGCUGCUCGUCAGAUCGAUGACUUCUUUAUGUAUUUGGAAGAGGAAAUGUCUGGAGUAAUGUCACUUUUGAGGUUUGUAUUUAUUACUUAUCAUCAUUAUAAUGUGACAUCUAAGAGAGUGACGAAGAGACCGAAAGAAGAUUAUGCAUUCAUUUUUGUUAUGCUCAAAUCAAUUUUAGAAAUUGAAGAAGAACUGCAAGACGAUCCAUUUUCAAGAAUAAUAGAGUCAAGCGAUCGAGUGAAGUUGCUUGAUAAGAAAGAGAAAGCAAAAUAUUUUACAUGUGCAAAACUUAUUGAUUAUAUUAUGGGCUGUAAAGAGUUUCGGAGUCGACUGAAAGCAGUUGGACAAGUGUGGUUUUUGCUAUUUCAAACUCAAUGCCUGGUUAGUUGUGAGGAUUCAAGUAUAGGAUACUUAUAUCAGAUGAUAGAAAGGCUAAAAGAUGGAAUUGAAGGAAGUCGUAAAUAUGAUAACUUCGUUUAUGAUCAUAUAUGGGAAAGAUUCAUUCGUAUGCGAAGCAAGAUUUUUCAUCCAAUACAUGCAGUUGCAGCCUUUUUAGAUCCAGCUUAUAUGUGUACUAAGAAUUUUGUGGAGAAUGAUGAAAUGAUUAAUGGUAUAAGCUAUAUGUUGGAAAACAUGGUUGAUUCAAAUGAAAAGGAAGCCUUUGAGAAGGAACUAGACCAAUACCGUGAGGAAUUGCCAAGGUUAUUUGCUGCUCAAGCCAUGAUCACAAUGCUAAAAACAUGUCAUCCACGAACAUGGUGGGACUUUUGUGGAAAGCAUAUACCGGUAUUGAGGAAAUAUGCAAUUCGAAUAUUGAGUCAACCUUGUAGUACUUUAUUUUGUAAGCGUUAUGAAAUGCCGCUUGGUAAUUUGUGUGAAGAUUGGACAACGAAGGUAAAUGCAAUUAUCAUCAGCAGAAAUUCUAAAUUAUUAGAGUUAGAGCCAAUUAUUUUUGAUAAACUUGUUGAAGACCACGAUGCUUUUAAAGAUGUGAUGGAACUAGAUCAAGAAAGCUUUAUCAAUGAAUUUUUAUCACAUUUACCUAGCGAUGCCGAAGUGGAUUGUAUGAUAAAUUAUCCGAGUCCUAUGCUUUGGGAUGACAAGAUUUUUUGGCUUUUUGAUCCGUUGCUUCGCUUGUAA